AUGCGGGUUUCGGCCUCUGCGUCUCCCAGGUGCUGCGAGUGCUGCCUCCAGCAGGCCCCGAAGUCCAUGCGGUGCGCUGCGUGCAAGUCUAGCGUGUACUGCUCUCCGGGCUGCCAGGCUCAGGACUGGGCGAUCCACAGGCACCUUUGCAGGUUGGACCGCACCGUCCCACCGGAUUUAUGCACUAUUUUCAUGAAUGAAGUCUCGGCGCUGCCGUCUUCGUUAUCACAAACGUUCUUUUUGUUGAUACGGAAGAUCCUCACCCAUAUUCUUGUUACACAGAGUGCCCCGGACCCUUUGCGCAUACGUUCACGCUUGAACAUAGAGGACAUACAAAGGAGCAGCCCAGCAUUACUGGAUGUGAUCCGUAAUUCCAUCAAAGUGAUCUCUUUAUCUGUCUUUAUCCGUGUCCAACAGAAGGUUUGUCCCAGGCUCACGUGGCUACUCCCAUUCGUUCCCUACGCUCAUAUACUCUUCUUACUAGAUGGAUGCGAGGCACAACAUGUGCAAUACUCGUGCUUAGGCCUCUGUUUCAACUCCGUUAAUGUUCCACCUAUCAGGUAUUCUUUAUCGCUCUCAAGCUCAAACAGCUUUAUUCAGAACAGUCCAACAAGCGUGACACUGAAGGAAAAUAAGCCAGAGGUUCUUCCUCCCUGUUUGCCAUCAUUCUUCGAGCUGGGAACAUCUCCUUUGGAGCCUUCUCUCCGCGACAUACUUACGCAAUUCUCGCCCGAUACAAGUCUCCUGGGUCAUCUGUUUUUACUUCCUACGUGCGCUCUGGUUAAUAAAGCAUGCGCCUCUCACGCUGCCUUGAAGGAUGGGCAUCUUGUGUGUGAAGCAGGUACAUGCACAGCUUGGAAGGCUCCCAGCCCCAGUCUUCUUCAGGCCCUUCAGGUGUAUGCAAAACAAGUACAUGAUGCCCUCCUUCUUCUCAACGGAGUAGAAGCAAGAGUACUCAAGGAGCCUCAAACGUGUGCUAGAGCCAAGUUGACCCAGCAACUGACAGAAAUACUCGCUGAUUUAACAUUUGCGUAUGAUGAUGUGUCUGUCAUACUUCCGUUUUAUCGUGAUACAGCUCCCAUUUUGCACCUAAAGCACGCCUAUCUUGCACUCAUGCAGAGCACUAAGAUCUGCAACCACUGCUUCGGGGGUUCCGUUGUUGUGCAGGUAGAGGCAAUCCUUAGCCACUCUCCAUUUACAGAGACAGGACUUGUAGAUAUGGUUCUGAGCUUACUCCGUACAUGGGUCCGGCUUGAAACCCAACACUCCUACAAUGUGGUUAUAGCGAUGUUCGAGCCCAUAUGCCUGUGUAACGCAUACUUACUACAGAAGUUGGAGAGGAUGGCGCCUCCUCCUAUCAAAAGAAGCGCGUCCGAGAACCCCUCCGACGAUGCGCUACAAAGGUUGAAGCAAGCAGCAGAUGCACUGGUCCCACAGCAUAUUAAGCUAUUAGGAGUUAUAGAAGAAGUGUACGGGUUCGCUGACACACUUCAAUUGAGAGCAAAAGAAGGCCCGCUAAUCACAGCAUACGAUUGCCUUGAAAAGCUCAUAGGUCAAGUUGAGGCACGGCUGGAGGACAUAGAAUCGUGGACAGACGCGGGCCAGGCUGAGGGUCCGGACUUCGAGGUCCGCGGAAUUCCCAUCGCGUAG